CAGGAACUCGCUUUCCGUGACGUCUUUUUUUUGUCGGCCGUCUCGUGUGCAGUGCAGCACAGUGCUCGAAAAACCACGAAAGCCCGGUAGCUCAGGCUACGACAUGACACAUGUGGCGUGCUAGUCAGGCGUCGUUGUCAUCAUCAUGGAGCAGUUCCUGCGCGAAUGGCGUAAAGAAGCGCUGAACAAGAAUCAACACGACGCGGCAAUCUUCAUCGGCGACAAGCUGCUUGCCUUGACCAACAGUACUAGCGAUGCCUGGUGGCUGGCCCAAGUCCACUUCGCUAAGGGAAACUUCACCAGAGCCCAGAGCUAUAUCGAACGAGCCGACUUGCUAGAUUCGAAUCCGCAAUGCAGGUACCUGUGUGCGUUGUGCUACAUCAAACAGGGCAAGCAUGACGAGGCGCUUUCUUUGCUGGGCGAGACGAAUCCCACACACCUCAUCAAGGCUCCUGGCAGCAUACGCAGGAAGCUGCAGCACGUGAGUUCGAAUGGCGUGCGGAACGGCGCGUUGGCAGGGUCGCGAUCGCAGCGCGUCGAUCGCAACGAAGAGAGGGACAAUGAGGAGCUUGCCAACAUCAAGGCCGAGGCUGCCAUGUGCUACUUGCGGGGCAUUUGUUACGCAAAGCAAAACGCAUUUGAGAAAGCGAAGGAGUGCUACAAGGAUGCGGUGCGAAUAGAUGUUCUCAACUUUGAAGCCUUCGAUGCCCUUAUGUCAAACUCGUUAAUGUCGCCGGCGGAAGAAGGGGAGUUCCUUGCGUCCUUGAAUUUUGAUACCAUCACUGUAGGGGACGGAUCCAACCCGUCGGCGGCACAGGAGGCAGCAGAAUUCACAAAGCUCCUAUAUACCACACGGUUAUCCAAGUAUGGACACGCUGCAGAAUUUGCGACGGCGACAGAGACGCUUUCAACCCAUUAUAAGCUAGGGUCAAACCCUGACAUCCAGCUGUCUAAGGCUUCGCUUCUUUACACCCAAUGUCGUUUCCGCGAAGCACUCGAGCUUACCAACAGCGUACUCUCCUCUGAUCCGUACAAUGCCUCGGCGCUGCCCUUGCACCUUGCCUGUUUGCAUGAGCUGCAAGAAAAAAACGCUCUCUACCUGCUUUCUCACACCUUGGCCGACACACAUCCGAACUCGCCCCUUACCUAUCUCGCCAUCGGCACCUACUAUCUCACCAUUUCCUCUAUAGCAUCGGCGCGGCGAUAUUUCUCACAGGCAUCCGUGCUGGAUCCAACCUUAGCAGCAGCGUGGCUUGGGUUUGCACACACCUUCAGCAUAGAAGGUGAGCAUGAGCAGGCGAUCUCCGCUUAUUCCACAGCAGCUCGGCUCUUCCCUGGAACACAUCUCCCCAAUCUUUUCCUCGGCAUGCAGAACCUUGCGCUGGGCAAUCUGAAACUUGCCAAAGAGUACCUCAAACUCAGCUGGGACACGUGUUGUCUGCAGACUGAGACGACAACGCAGCCUUCGACCAAUGGAAAGGAACCUCCCAUAUGCGGGGAUCCCCUUCUACUCAAUGAGCUCGGCGUCGUCUUCUACCAAGAGCAGGACUACGCUCGCGCCAUCAACACCUUCUCACAGGCUCUGUCGCUGGCCGAACAACUUGACUCACCUCCACGUGCGUGGGUACCUACACGCUCGAAUCUUGCCCAUGCACUUCGCCGAGUGGGUGAUUACCCCGCCGCGCUCGAACAAUUCAACAUAGUUCUCCGUACUGGUGGCAAGGACGCCGGUGCCUUUGCAGCCAAAGGGCUCACUCUUAUGGAAAUGGGUGAGAUGCAGCAGGCGGCGGUGGCGCUGCACGAAGCACUUGCUAUCAGCCCACAGGAUCCAAUGGCCACCGAACUUCUAAACCGCUGCAUGGCUGAUUUUGAAGUCGAGACCCUGCAUGGUGUUGAUGUCGAUGAGGAUGAUGAGUUCGAGAGAAAGAUAGGGGAGUUGGCGGCACAGUUCCCGCGGAGAGGGAGAAGGGGGCGUCGAAAGGGGAGGGUAAGCCUAGAGGGAGAGAGCAUGCUUGUUGAUGAAGAUGAUUAGCCGUGGCUUCAACUCCUGGUGUUUGGAUACACAGCCGGGGAGGGAGAUCAGGUGGGGACGAUGGAACGAUGCGACUCUAUAGCUAGGCGCAUUGGAUGGUCUGUUGUUUAUGAUUGGGUUGUUUGGUUAGCAUAGCGAAGGGGUAUUUUCUGGAUCCAUUGCAUCACCAUUAUCGGGACGGAACAUGGUCUGCUUUCAUCCCCAGGUUUUGAAAAAAAAAAUCUAUGAUGUGUUCGUUUUCAUAAGUUUACGACGAAUUGAAGGCAUACCAGCCAGGAAGCUGCACGGCAUUGAGCUUGAUAUUCCCACAACCACUAGAUUAAGUCAUCAAGUUAAGAACGAUGUAUAAAGGCACCAAACCUCCU